AUGUAUUCACCAUUGCGAUUCGUCCUCUCCCUAGUUUCUCUAGCCUCGUUAUGCGCGGCGCUGACGUGGCGUGGGGCGGACUUUUCUUCCUUGGCAAAUCUGGAAGGAGGCGGUCUUCGCUACAAGGAUGGGGGUAGCACCGUGCCCUUUGAAACUAUCCUAAGGAACCACGGUGCCAACAUUGCUCGCAUCCGCAUAUGGACAAGCACCAGCAAUUCCCAGUACAGCCUGAACUAUGGACUGGCGCUUGCGAAGAGAGCCCAAGCUGCUGGGUUGUCUAUUUAUGUCGAUCUACAUUACAGCGAUACCUGGGCUGAUCCCGGACAUCAAUCAAUUCCGAGUUCAUGGCCAAAGGACCUUGCGGGCCUCAAUACUCAAAUUUGGACGUAUACCCGAGAUGUUGUGAAUGCCUUCACCAACCAAGGGACCCCAAUCACCAUGAUCCAGAUCGGAAAUGAGAUCAACGACGGAAUGCUAUGGCCUGUGGGACGAAUCUCGACCAGCGGCUUCUCCCCUCUCUCGCAGCUCCUCCAUUCAGCAGCCAAUGGUGUCCGAGCGGCUUCCAGUUCUGUGCGGAUCAUGGUACAUCUCGCUGAUGGGUGGGAUACGGGCACGAUAAACUGGUUCUACGGCGGGAUCUUCCUCCAGGGUCAAUUUGCGCGCGAAGAUGUCGAUAUCUUGGGAUUCUCCUUCUACCCGUUCUACAAUACUAGGGCCACAUACGCAAACCUUGCAAAUGGGCUACAAGCUGCGGUGUCUUUAGUUGGGAAGGAUGUCAUGGUUGUGGAGACAGACUGGCCGGCGACUUCGACGUGCAGCGCUACGAUGAGUGAAUCCUCCAUCGCCAGGAGUGUAUCAGGCCAGCAGACAUGGGUCAACGGCAUCCGCAAUGUUCUGCAAAACGUUCCCAGCGGUCGGGGCAUCGGUAUCGUCUACUGGGAGCCCGGUUGGGUUGGAAACGCCAACUUGGGCUCGGGUUGUGCGGACAACCUACUUGUGGACGGGUCGGGUAACACCAGGAGCUCAAUAGCCAUGUUCUCUGCCAACAUGUAG